CGAAGCGCCAACAGUUGCAUUGCAUUCGAUCGGCAACUUUCCAAGCGAGCGCAUCACAUCGAAUAGUGAUAGAAGAGCAAAGAGAGAUUUAAAGCGUCAAGAUCAAGAUUAAAGUGAUUCAAUUUAAUCCACAAAUUCAAAGGAUGACGGAUACCAGGAGCACCUUGAAGAUCCUGUUCCAGGGCAAGACGAGCAUGGUCACUUGCGGAUCCUCCAACUCAUACGAGGACGUCAUCUCCCAAGCCAUGUCCCGAUUCGACAUUCCGGAGUCGCAAAGGAGCGCCCUGAUCCUGACCAACGGCAAGAACUACGUGUUCGAGGAGCAUUUGCUGGAGUAUUUCCUGCUCCUUUUUCCCUGCCCAAAGAUCACAUUUCACCUGAAGUUCGACUGGUCGCAGAUGCGGCGAAGUCUUACUCAGCCCGAAGCCCUCAAGCGAAAGCGUCCAGUGGAGCAGAAUCAGGCCGAUGGCCAAAAAGCGGGGGAGAAGGAAAAGGAGGAGCCGGUGCUGGACUAUAAGCCGGUUCCGGUCUAUCGAAUGAACUGCUUCCUGGGAUCGCUUCCGGGGGAAGGAGCCGUUCCCGUGCAUCGCCAGAAUUGCUUCCUCAGGGAACAGUCGCAGCAGCUGGAGGAGAUUUCCGUUCCUCAAAUGCGAGAGGAGGAUAUCCAGCAGCAGGAGCCUCUAAGGAAGCGCCAACGCUUGGAGCCCUGUGCCAAGACAAGACGCACUGCUGCCACUUCCGUGGUUUCCCACUCCGUUCCUGUCAUGCGUUCGAUUCGCAUUUAAGACUCUAACCGCCCAUUGUACAUAGCUAUAGUACGUAUACGAUAAAAUUACAAAAAUGUAGUUAUAAGCCAAAAGGUUGAACCGCUGUUCCUAAGUCUAACACUAUACCUAUCGCACCAAAUAAUCGUCCAAACCAAAUGUUAUAUUAUGUAAAAUAAAUCUUUUUUGUUAAUAUCUUAAGCUAUACGAAAGCUAGUUUAGUUUCUAAUCUACCCAUUGGCGGUUUAUAAUUUGAGAUUUUAUAUAUAAAUUUACUUCACAAUAACAUUUUUAACUUUAAUUUUUAAAAAAUUUCAAAUAUGAAACAAAUUUAUCUUUUAUAAAAACAGCCUUAAUUUUCAAUUCAUUUCGUCUUAAAAUUUGCAUUUUUCAACAGUUACUUUUCAAAUUAAAAUUAUAAAAACCAACUAACUGAAAAAAUAGAUUCUUAAUUUUGAAGCCAUGUAUCUCUUAAUAAAUCUUUUAGUUUAAUAAAUUUUUUCGAAAUAUAUAAAUAUA